GGCGACGUCGUGGCGAAUCUGGGACCGAAUCCUUGUUCGAUUCCGGGUGAACGUACUUCUCGCAUCGAUCUUUAUAUUGCUCGCGAUUGCUACUUCUGAAACAGGGCAUCUCGUCGGAACAGGAAGGUGAGUAUGAUGGGGGACAGUCUAGGAAUAUUGUCGAUAAGCUAGCUACUCCUUCAAUCACAAUCGUCAAUUCUCUUGGCUUAUUUUACACCAGACAUAGCCAGGCGGACCGGGUCGCGCAGUCAUUUUCCCCUCCAUAUUCCUGAGAUCCUCAUAGGCUCGAUGCCCAAGGAGGUUCCUGUCAAACUCGGUCUGAAGGCCCUGCACAAAUUGAUCAAUACAGGUACAUCGACAAAAAGCUAGGCGCUACCCUGGCGCCUUUACGUGCACUUGUUUGUGGCCUUCAGUAGCAUGAGAAAAGGAGAGAUCAGACUACAUGUCAGCUGAUAAAAUCACUCUCACAAUCCGAGAUGGGAAUUGCACUAAAGUACAUAGAGCUAGUAAGCCCCAACAAGGCAAUUUCGAAUACACAGAGGUCAAGUCGGACGACCGUGUCCAGGCGACCCUCGCGCGACACUUUGAGUUCAAUGUCAUGGUGCCGCAGCUCCGUCUUCUUGUUGCACGUCCCUGUUGCUAGCCGAUGACAAUGGAAAGUUUGUUCGCAUCCCGUUCCUUUUGGCCAUUCUAUUUCGCGUAAGGUCUACGAUGCGUUGUAGGGGUGCAAAGAUGCAACUGCGUCAUUUGCCAUGCCGUUAUCAAUCUGAGUAGGGCCAAGUCCAGUAAACCCAGAGCUCGACCCCUCGGAGCCGGAGGUUCCUUGUUCCCCUGAGCGAUCGGAGCCCCUAUGUGGACGAUUCUGGAUAUAGCCUGGUGUCUGCUUGGGUCGAUGCAGAACCUUUGCAACAUACAGUCGACCUCGUUUCUCGAUAUCUAUCUACCCGUUCACAUCAAACUUUGGUCGCUGGGGUCGAAGGGGCCCGUCGAUGGAUCCGAACAGCCAGUUUGGGAGAUCAUGACAUCAAACCAUGCGAGAUCUGGCGCUUUUCAUUUUCUAACAAGGUCCAAAGCUUGUUACUUGCCGAAGACCUAAAUAGUCAUAUUGAGGGCUGAAGAAAGGAUGUGAUAAGUUUCAUAUAGCGCCGUAAAUUGCUCAAGCCUCCGCUCGAUUGUUUCUCCUCAACAGGAACACCAUACUUCCUGCAGCGCUGCCUCUGUUCUAACUCCUUAUAGGUUCAGAACAGCAUCAUUCAUUCAAUUGACAGAUCAAACCGGGGGGACCAUACUCAUUUUGUUUCGCUUUCCGGCAAGCCCAAUGCACCGCGUUUGCCGUUCCAGACGUUUUACGUUGGUCCCUCUAUGAUAUUUUCUAUUGGCCUUUGUGGCAGUGAGGCGUGCCUGAAGGGAGCCCAUUGGCCGCACUAGCGUUUGCCGGAAGUACAUAUGAAACGACUCGUCUGGUUUUUGACUCAAUACCCUCCUCCCGCUAAUUCCAGCUAUGUCGGACAGACGCUCUCAGACUAUACCUCCCAAUCCCAAUGCCUACACCCUGGCACAGUGGAACGGAGACCCUCAAUAUCCGUCACCUUAUUCGAAUUCAGCGAGUCAGUACCCCGCGCCUUCUAACCCUCAUCCUUCUCUCCGGAACCACCAUAUAAUGGCCCAGCAGUCUACGUCGUAUGACUCCCUAAUCGCGGCGCAGACAAUGGAAUACCACACCUUGGAUAGAACACACCCCUAUUCCCAUGACCGGCAGUCAUCCAUGUCGAUACCGCAGCAUCCGUACGCAGCGAUCGACCGCCAUGGAGCCCCGAUUCAGCAGCCUUCAGCAGCAAAUAUGCACCCAAAUUCGUCACAUCCGUACACCACUCCUCGGACGCAUGCUAUACCUCAUUCGUACGCAACUCAACAGCCCUACGGGACGUCUCAGACGAUUCCACAUCAGACCGCCAUGCCCAUGUCUCAGUAUCCCCCUCAGGUAGCAUUUUCUCCAUCGCUCGAAGAUCUAUCGCAGUAUCCUGCUUCCCCACAACGACCUUUCUCGUGCGAUAUGUGUGCACUGUCGUUCAAUCGACAGCACGACCUGAAACGGCAUCGAGAUACGCACACGGGAGAAAAACCUUUCUUAUGCAGUGGGGGCUGCGGAAAGACAUUUACGAGAAAGGACGCACUGAAGAGGCAUCAGCUCGUAAAGCGCUGUGGUAUCGACGAAGGGGCAUAAUGAGGAUCUAACUGGAGAUCAACUUAAGAUACAUACCCGCUAAUGCGCAGACUUCCCCGUAGCAUACUACACAAAUCUAGACACAUCAAACGACACCCGGACUCCGAGUCGCAAGAGACACACGCUGUAUUAUAUCUGUACAAUAGAACGGACAGUGUGCUCGCUAUAGUAAACAUUAUAUCAGGCUAUGUAUACAACAUAUGUAUGGAUGUAGAUUCUCUCACCUUGAAAUAAUAUACCUCACUUAUUCU